GAAACCCACCCACCACCACAACAACCAUCUAUAGGGUUUUCUUUUCUUCCUAUAUACUCUUCACUAGCCAGUAUCAGAUCCAAAAAUGUGCACCAGAGGCCACUGGAGGCCUGCUGAAGAUGAAAAGCUCCGGGAGUUGGUCAGACGCUAUGGUCCUCAUAACUGGAACGCCAUAGCUGAGAAGCUCAAGGGAAGAUCAGGUAAAAGCUGCAGGUUAAGAUGGUUCAAUCAGUUGGAUCCAAGGAUAAAUAGAAGCCCUUUUACAGAGGAGGAAGAAGAACGGCUUUUGGCUUCUCAUCGGAUACAUGGCAACAGAUGGGCUGUUAUUGCUCGCCUUUUUCCCGGUCGUACUGAUAACGCUGUGAAGAAUCAUUGGCAUAUCAUCAUGGCACGAAGAAGCAAAGAAAGAUCUAGGCUUUAUGCCAAAAAGAUAGCAAUUGAUUCCAAGCUAGACUGCGAUCAGUCAAGGAAUUUCACUCCAUUUUUGCAGAAAUAUUCUAACGGAUUUGAUCGCUUCCCUCCCAAGUUUUUCCAGGACCUGUUUGCCCAAAACCCAAGUCACUGUGUCAAUAUGGAUUUUCAAGAUAAAAAUCACCCAGUCGAGUUCUAUGACUUUCUUCAAGUAAAUACUGAAUCCAACAAAAGUGAAGUGACCGACAAUACAAGAAGAGAUGAGGAAGAGGUAGAUCAGGAGGCUACUGCCGUUCCGUUCAUUGACUUCUUUCCUGUUAGGAGCUAGCUAUAGCUAACACUACUGAUGAAUAUAGAGGAAGAUAUAAUUUGCUAGCUAGCUAGAUGUACGUACAGCUACUUCUGCAUGCAUCCCUCGACGAACACAACAUACGCAUAUAUACAUACAUAUUUAAGGAACUUAUACAUAGUCAUUCCUUAGGCAUUUAUCAGGAAUCACUUUUAUUGUAAAAACCUGUGUUGCAAAUUAAGUAGAAUAUCUUCG